GGCGUGGGGCACUGGGAGCCUCGCCGGUGCCUCGGAUCUCACCGAGAUGAUGAGGGCCCUGGGCUAUCCACGCCUCAUAUCCAUGGAGAACUUCCGUACCCCAAACUUCAAGCUUGUUUCAGAAGUGCUUCUCUGGCUAGUGAAAAGGUAUGAGCCCCAGACUGACAUCCCUGCUGACGUGGAGACAGAGCAGGACCGGGUCUUCUUCGUUAAGGCAGUGGCUCAGUUCAUGGCUACCAAAGCUCACAUCAAGCUCAACACCAAGAAGCUCUACCAGGCCGAUGGCAACGCAGUGAAGGAGCUGCUGAAGGUCACCUCAGUGCUCUACAGUGCCAUGAACACCAAGGGAGUGGAGUGGGCAGACCUGAGCGAGGAGGACAGCAGCAAGUUCAAGUUUGAUCUUGGCUCAAAAAUUGCUGACCUGAAGGCAGCUAGGCAGCUUGCUUCUGAAAUCACCUCCAAAGGAGCAAGCCUGUAUGACUUACUGGGCAAAGAAGUUGAGCUGAGGGAAGCGAGAGCCGAAUCUAUUGCCAGACCUUUGGAGAUAAAUGAGGCCGAGAAGCUGGUGAAAAUUGCCAUUGACUCUGUCCUGGAACAAGUCCAAAGGACUAAGGACAUGUUGGAUAACGUGGCCCUGGAUGAAGCCACUUUGGAAGCCAAGAUUGAGAAGCGCAAGUCAGAGCUGGAAAGGAGCCAGAAGAGGCUGGAGACCCUGCAGAGCGUGCGCCCUGCCUUCAUGGAUGAGUAUGAGAGGGUUGAGGAGCAGCUGCAGCAGCUUUAUAGCAGCUACCUCCAGAAGUUCCGGAACCUGACCUACCUGGAGCAGCUGCUGGAGAGUGAGAGACAGACAGAGCAGGAGAUGUUUGAGGAAGCAGCAAACCUGAUGCACCUCAUGCAGAGCAGGCUGAAGGAAGAGGAGCAGAACCUGCUCAAGAGUGGAGGAAGAGCUGCUGCAAGGGUCGUGGGAACGAUGCAAGGUGGAGACACGGAGGAAGAUGGGAGACCUGCCCCAGCACGGCCAGGCGCGCGCGGGACCGUCGCCGAGGCACAGGAGGACUCGAGAGACAGUGAGAUUGAUCUGGAUGAAGAUGAGGAGGAGGAGGAAUUGGAAGAUGACAGCAUGGAAAUGUCCCCAAGUAAAUCCAGUCACCGAGCAAGGAAGCCAGAGCCACUAGGGGAAAGUGACAGUGACUUCUGACCCUGCAGCAGCAGCAGG